AUGUGGCUACGGGUUUCGAGACCCGACAGCUCUGGAGUGUCGCUGCCACAUGUAGGACCCAUGGACUUGGAGCCUGCCACCAUCAACACUCACCCCAUCCUCACAGCCAAGCAGAUGCUGUGCAUGGCUUUGGCCCUCCAGAAGCAAAAUUGCCACAACACCCUCGGGGACGUCGGUCUCUCCGAGCCGCAUGCUGUCAUCAUGGAACGUCUGGUCGAUGCAGCCAUUGCCUUGGUCACGACCAACGAAGAGUUCCACGGUACACUCGAGAGCCUUGCGUGCAUGCAAAUGGAGGCAACCUUCCAUGAGGGCGGCGGAUACCUCCGGGGGGCUUGGCUUGCCAACCGAAGGGCCUUGUUGGUUGCCCAGCAGAUGGGCAUCCACCAAUCUUGCAACCGCAAGUUCAAGACAAUUGAUCCCAGGACCGAGAUCAUCCGCGAGACGGUAUGGUUUCGAAUCCUGUACUGUGACAGAUACUACUGCCUGGUGCUUGGGUUCCCGCAGGCGAGCACGGAUGUCAAUAUAGAGCCCAAGUCUCUCGACAUUGCCCAUGACGAUCCACUCGACCGCCUAGACCGAGCCCACGCCGUCAUUGCGGCCCGCAUCCUGGAGCGCAUGGAUGGACGGGAGCUACUCCCGGGAGAGGAAUGCGCCAUGACCUCAGCACUCGAUGCGGACUUGCUUCGGGCCGCUAAGAGCAUGCCGGUCAAAUUCUGGCUGCAUCCCAACUUUCACCACCACGAACAAGACUCGCAGGAGGAGUACAAGGAGACGUGGCUCGGCAUGUCGCAGGUGUUUCACUACAACCUCAUCAACCAGCUCCAUCUCCCCCGGCUUCUCAAGUUCAACGGGGACUGCUCUAGCGACUCGUCGAAGCUCGCCUGCAUGAACGCGAACAGGGAAGUCCUCAUCCGCUACCUAAGCUACCGCUCCCUAAGACAGGGGUCGGGCUCGUGCCUGACGUUCGACUUCCUCUCGCUGAUGGCCGCCAUCACGCUGCUGCUGGCGCAUCUGGACAGCCACCUGCGCCGCCCGGCCCAGCCCAGCAGCGCUGUCCUGGAGCACCAGCGCCUCUGCGACCGUACGACCAUGGAGCAGAUCCUCGACGCCAUGAAGAGUGUCCACCGGGCCAACGAUAGCCCCAUCAGCGGGGCGAGCGUGAGGAUUCUGCGCUGUCUGCUGAUGCUCGAGGACGACGCCGCCGAGGGCGGGCGCUACACGGCCCAGUGCGUCCAGCAGCCCGGCAGGAGCCAGCACUUUGACGACGGGGAGUACGAGGGCCUGUGGGAGGGGAUCAUGGUGCUUCGUAUCUCGAUCCCGUACUUUGGCGUCGUGAUCAUCAAACGUGAAAGUCCCGCAAACGCGGUGCCGGGCCAAGUGGACGAUGCUGCCGCUGCUUUUCCUCAGUCGCCUAUCCAGCCCGAAGCCGAGCGGAGAUGGCCCGUUUCGGAGCCCCAGGGUGGCAGAGAGUUUCACAUACCGAUACUGCCCGGCGAUGGCGUACGCAGCGAAAUGAUUUCCUCGAAUCUUCUACAACUGCCAUCGCAUGUAGCCGUUGGAGCAGCCGUGGCAGGCGAGGCGUCGACAGCAAGCCUAGACUCGGGACAGCCCAUGGCGGACUUACGCCAUCUUGGCCUCGAGGAGUUUCCGCUUCAGCAAUACUGGAAUCCGAGCUUGAUCGAGGGCGCUGACGAUUGGGCAUUUCAGGGGGUGGAUUUAGAUUUCUUCAAUGCGAGGUAG